GGGGAAUCUACUGAACAUUUUUGACUAGAACUGGAAAAUAUGAAUUUCCCAUUGAUUUAAAAGAAUAUUAGUUAAUUUCCAUUAUUUUCUUAUAUCUUGGUAAAAGUAACUAGGAUUAUUUGUACCCCUUUUACCUCUUGUAUCUAUCUUGUUUGUUAAAUUUGAAAGCAGUAAAUAAAUUAUGUUAUUUUUAAAUAAAAAAGCUUUGUUACAAAAUACAAAUUUUCUUAUAUUAUUUCAUUUUACUAACCUUGUACUGUGUACACGUCCUGUCAGUGUAAAUGUUUACUUACUGAAUUGUGGAUUUUUCCAGAUUUAAAAUUUUCAAAAUGGCUUAUCAAUUGAAACCAGUUUGAACCAGCUCAAAACUAGUUUUAAUCCAAAAUGGCGGACCAGCAGAAAGCGCCCCCGCUGCAGCAGCAGCAGCAAAUCAUGAACAGGUUUGCCUCUGAGCUGAAAUCUAAAAACGAAAACGUGAGAAACAAGGCAGCCAAGGAUCUUCAUUCUUAUGUUUCAACCGAACUACGCGAAGUGUCACAGGAAGAGUUAAAUUCUUUUCUCGAUGAUUUUAACCAUUACAUCUUCGAGAUGGUGUCUGGUGACACCUCUGCUAAGCUGGGAGGUAUUCUAGCUAUAGUUGCUCUCAUGAAUGCUGAUGUAUGCAACACUGGAACUAGAAUAUCAAGAUUUGGAAAUUAUUUGAGGAACAAUUGUCUGGCACAGGCAAACUCUCUAGAUUUGUCUGUUAUAGAGCUGGCAACUAAAGCAAUUGCCAGGCUGACACAGGUUUCGGGAACGUACACCGCAAACCUGAAGUUUGAUUUUAUUGACUACGAAGUCAAGAAAGCUUUUGAAUGGCUGUCAGCUUCAGAGAGAAACGAAGGGAGAAGACAUACCGCUGUUCUUGUACUGCGUGAGAUAGCAUACACAAUGCCUACAUUUUUCUUCCAGAACGUUCAUACAUUCUUUGAGGUUAUAUUCUGCGCUAUUCUGGACCCAAAGCCACAAUUGCGCGAGAGCGCUACUAACGCGCUUAGAAUGGCGCUUUGGGUCACUGCACAAAGAGAAACAAGCGCGGCAGUUAGACAACAAGGUCAGCAGGGAUGGUAUUCACACUGUUAUGAGGAGGCAAUGUCAGGACUACAGGAUACUCAGCAGAAUAAAAAUAUUAAAGUUGUAAUAACUCGUGAGGAUCGGGUUCAUGGAAGUCUGCUUGUGUUAGCUGAACUACUUAGGUUCUCGAAUGCAGACUGGGAAGUGCUUAAUAGAGAACUUGAUGAUCUGUCAGGUUCGGGUCCCCCUGUUCUAGAUACAGACAUCAAGGAAUCGUACUUCACGCUCAACACAGUUAAGAAACAAUAUAAGCAAAUUGCAGGUUCUAAGCGAGCUGCUGGCGGUGUUACAACAAUUCCAUUUAACUGGUUUGGAACUGUUCCUGUGGGCAGAGAACCUAUAUUCGAGUCCGCUAUCUGUAAAACAUUACUCCAGGAGAAGUAUGAUGAAAUUUGUGAGGCUGUAUUCAAUAUCUCCAGGAAUGCACAGCUUUGCAAGAAUCCUCAUGUUCAGAACGCAUUAAUCCCUCUGCUCCCUAAGCUGGCUGCCGCCAACAAGGAGAAGUUCGUCAAGUAUCAUCUCAAAGAGAGCAUGCAGUACAUCAACAGAUGUUUACAUAGUCGGGAUUUCAGAGAUCGGUAUACAGCGUUACUAUCUCUCGGGUUGAUAGCUGUUGCUUCCGGUAGAGAUAUCGAGAUAUAUCUUAGAGAUAUUCUAAAUACACUCAGGAGUAUAUUACCGCAGAAAGAUUCUCCUAUGAAGAAAAGAUCAACUAUUCUUGAUCCUGCAGUCUUUGCUUGUAUAUCUUUACUAUCCAGAGCUGUAAAGGGAAGUAUACGGGAGGAGAUGAGGAAUAUGUUGGAUAGUAUGCUUGCUGUCGGUCUGUCACCGGCAGUAACAGCUGCUCUCCGGGAGCUGUCAUUGAAUAUCCCUGCCCUAAAGAAGGAGAUUGCGGAUGGUCUUCUCAAGAUCCUCUCCAUCAUACUGAUGCAGCAGCCAUUCCGUCAUCCAGGAACCCCUAAACAUAGGAUUGCUCCAACCCAGCUUAAUAUUGAGCCACCUGAUUCACAGAAAGUUGUCCUUGGGCUUAGAACACUCGGAUCAUUCGACUUUGAGGCCCAUUCUCUCUUACAGUUUGUGAGACAUUGUGCUGACACCUAUCUACACUCUGAGGAGAAAGAAAUUAGAUUAGAAGCUGUUAGAACCUGUUCCUCUCUUCUUAGAUCUGCGUUAAAUGGACUGGCCGGGAAGAAGUCUCCCACAGUGAUUUCAACGAUCAACGAGGUUUUGGCCAAACUUCUCAUAGUUGGUAUAACUGACGGAGACGGAGAUAUUAGAUACUGUGUUCUUGACAGUCUCAGUUUCUUAGACCUUGAUCCAAAUUCUGAUUGAUUGUUUUAUUUGAUUAUGAUUAGGAAAACUUUGAUCCAGCUUCUGAUUGAUCUGGAACACUCAGGACUGGGAAGAAACAAGGAACAGGCCUCAAAACUUCUGGGACACCUUGUUGCUAAUGCUCCAAAGUUGAUAAGACCGUAUGUGGAUCCUAUUCUGAAAGUAUUGAUCCCAAAGCUCCGCGGAACGGAUCAGAAUCCUAUGGUGGUUGCCUCUGUUCUCCGAGCUAUUGGAGAUCUUGCUCCGGUUGGUGGAACUACUAUGCGAGGAUAUGUUGACGAACUGCUCCCGAUCCUUCUGGAGUUCCUCACUGAUGCUUCUUCAUCUCAAAAGAGGGAACUCUCUCUUUGGACCCUGUCUCAGUUAGUCGAGAGCACAGGAUGUGUUGUUGAACCUUACAACAAGCAUCCCCAGCUUCUAGUUGAUCUACUAAAUUUCUUGAGGACCGAGCAACGUCCUCAGAUCCGUAAGCAGACAAUAUCUCUGCUUGGUCUACUGGGUGCUCUGGACCCGUACAAGCACAAGAUCAACCUCGGGCAGAUAGACACCAAGGGGACAGAGAACGCCCCCCUCAUCCCCAUCAACAGCGAGGAGGAUAAGGAUAAGGAGGUGUCAACCAGUGAGAUGUUGGUGUCUAACGCUACCCUCACCUUAGAAGAGUUCUAUCCUAGUGUCGCUAUUGCUACAUUGAUGAGGAUUAUUAGGGAUCCUAAUCUUCAUCAACAUCAUAAUCAGGUCAGGGGAGAUUUCUUGUUCCAACAGUUGGCUUCCCUGAUAGGAAUAGUGAAGCAGCAUAUUAGAAACUAUCUUGAUGAUAUAUUUGAUAUGAUUAAGGAGUUCUGGACUGCUGACUCCCCCCUGCAAUCCACUAUAAUCCUACUAGUGGAGUCUAUAUCUAUAGCUCUUCAGUCUGAGUUCAAAAUUUAUCUACCCCAACUUAUCCCUCAUAUACUCAGAGUACUCACUCAUGACAGUAGCAGAGAUAGACAGGUAACACACAAGAUGUUGGCUGCCCUGAACAACUUCGGUCCCACCCUGGACGACUAUAUCCAUCUUGUCCUUCCACCGAUGGUUCGCCUGUUUGAUUCCUUGGAUGUACCCUGGUCUGUAAGAAAAGCAUCCUUAGAUGCCAUUGAUCAUCUUUCUUCAAGCCUGGACUUCUCAGAAUAUGCAGGACGGAUUAUACAUCCCCUGGUGCGGUGUAUAGACAACUGUCCUGAACUCCGUCCUGCUGCUAUGGAAGCACUCUCCUCCCUUGCUCUACAACUGGGGAAGAAGUUUAAGAUCUUCAUCCCAAUGAUUGACAAAGUUCUCAAGAAGCAUAGGAUCUCACACUCAGAGUAUGAACUCAUUGCUGCUCGUGUGCUGAAAAGCGGAUCUUCCUUUGAGCUAGAGGACCAAACUUUGUUGAAGUUUCAGAAGCAACGGGCAAACCAUGCACUUAAGAUGCCGGCACCUGAGGCUAGUUCUUCCAAGAAACAGUACAAGGUAUCUCCUAUUAACCUAAAGCGAGCUUGGACUGUAAGUACCCGUGUUAGUAAAGAGGACUGGAUUGAGUGGCACCGAAGAUUCUCAAUUGAGCUCCUCAAGGAGUCUCCGAGUCCUGCCCUACGGGCCUGCUGGACGGUAGCUCAGCAGUAUACCCAGCUUGCCAGGGAUCUAUUCAAUGCAAGCUUUGUCUCCUGCUGGGUGGAGCUAGAGGCAGGACAGCAGGAUGAGCUAAUGGCCAGUCUCGAACAAGCUCUACUAGUUCCUGACUUACCAGAAAUUACUCAGACUAUUCUUAACUUAGCAGAGUUUAUGGAACACUGUGACAAGGGUCCACUACCCCUAGACACAAGUCUACUAGGACAGCAGGCUAUGAAGUGUAGAGCAUAUGCUAAGGCUCUUCACUACAAGGAAACAGAGUUCCACAAGGAACCCAGUGUUCCCGUACUGGAGUCUCUGAUCUCCAUCAACAACAAGUUGGGGCAGACUGAAGCUGCUGCAGGACUGCUGGAGUGGGGACAGAACAAUCUUCAGGGGGAUCUGAAGGUCCGAGAGCGCUGGUAUGAGAAGCUACAUGAAUGGGAUAAAGCACUUGAAGCGUAUAAGCGAAAGGAAACUAGUUCUGAAGGACCCAUAGAUCCCCAGAUACUGCUGGGACAGAUGAGAUGCGUGGAAGCGCUGGGAGAAUGGAGCGAGCUUCAUAGUUUGUCACGCACACACUGGGACACUGUUAAUGACGAGACACGGCAGCGUAUGGCCCGCAUGUCAAGUAAUGCUGCUUGGGGGAAGAAGGAUUGGUCAAGUAUGCUACAAGCUGUAACCCUACUUCCUAGGGAUAGCCAGGAUGGUGCGUUUUACCGCGCAGUCUUGAGUGUGCAUAAUCAGGAGUAUGAGCAUGCGCAUCAGCUGAUAGAUUUGACCAGGGAUAUGUUGGAUACUGAGCUAACUGCGCUUUCAGCUGAGAGCUAUCAACGCGCCUAUCCUAUAAUGAUUCAGGUGCAGAUGUUGGCAGAGUUGGAGGAGGUUAUGGAAUACAAACUUGUUCCAGAGCGAAGACAAACCAUCAGGGAGAUGUGGUGGAGUAGACUACAAGGUUGUCAGCGUGUUGUGGAAGACUGGCAAAGAAUUCUCCAGGUGAGGUCCCUGGUCCUUGAGCCAGUAGACCAUCAAAGAACCUGGCUCAAAUACGCCAGUCUAUGCAGGAAACAGAACAGGCUCAAGCUCAGUCAUAAAGCUCUUGUCAGUAUACUUGGAGUAGAUCCUUCAUUGAACCUAGAUCUUCCUCUACCUACAUCUAUACCUCAGGCGAGUCUAGCGUACUGCAAGUAUCUGUGGGGUAGUGGCAAGAAAUCUGUUGCAUUCUCUCAACUUCAUAAUUUUGUUAAAAAGUUCCUAAAUCCUCGUUGUGUACAGGAGAGUAGUAUCCCUACAGUUCUACAGUACUAUACAGCUGCUACGGAGUAUGACAGCGGAUGGUAUAAAGCCUGGCACAGCUGGGCUGUUAUAAACUUUGAGACAGUUCUCUUCUAUAAACAUUCUCCAGCAGGCCUCAGCACACAUACUAUAUCUACUUAUGGAGUUGCUUCCUUACAGUUUUAUGAUUUAGAUAUAAACACGUGGCUCCAAGUUAUCCCUCAGCUGAUUGCAAGAAUUGAUACUAACAGGCCUCUUGUGAGCCGGCUCAUUCAUCAGCUUCUUACAGAUGUCGGAAAACAUCAUCCACAGGCGCUGAUCUACCCAUUGACCGUUGCUAGCAAAUCCAACGCGCAAGCUAGGAAGAAUGCCGCAAACAAAAUUUUAAAUAAAAUGCGAGAGCACAGCGAGUCAUUGGUCAACCAAGCUAUUAUGGUCUCAGAUGAGCUGAUCAGAAUCGCUAUCCUAUGGCAUGAGCUAUGGCACGAAGGACUAGAGGAAGCUAGCAGACUAUUCUUCGGUGAGAGGGAUGUAGCAGGGAUGUUUGAGACCCUGGACCCUCUUCAUGAGAUGAUGGAUAAGGGGCCGCAAACUUUGAAGGAAACAAGUUUCAGCCAGGCCUACGGGAAUGAUCUAAAUGAGGCACAGAAAUGGUGUAAACGAUAUAAGGUUUCCAAUAACAUAAAGGACCUGAACCAGGCCUGGGAUUUGUAUUACCACGUGUUCCGACGGAUUUGCAGACAGCUCCCCCAGCUGACCCAGCUAGAGCUACAAUACGUCUCACCCAAGCUAUUAAUGUGCCGGGACCUAGAGCUAGCUGUACCUGGCAGCUAUAUCCCAAGCCAGGAGAUUAUCAGGAUAGCCUCGGUAUCUCCCAGUCUACAGGUGAUUACGAGUAAACAGAGGCCCAGGAAGCACUGCAUGAAGGGGAACAAUGGGAAGGAGUACAUGUUCCUUCUCAAGGGACACGAGGACCUAAGACAGGACGAACGAGUGAUGCAAUUUUUCUCCCUGGUGAAUUCUCUUCUAACAACAGACCCUGAAACCUUUAGGAGAAAUCUCACAAUACAGAGGUUUGCUGUUAUACCGUUAUCAACUAAUAGCGGUCUUAUUGGCUGGGUUCCCAUGUCAGAUACAUUACACGCUCUCAUCAGAGAAUAUAGGGAGAAGAGAAAGGUCUGGUUGAACCUAGAGCAUCGUAUAAUGCAGAAGAUGGCUCCAGACUAUGAUCAUCUCCCUCUGAUCAACAAAGUUGAGGUGUUUAUGCACUCCCUGCAACAGACUGCAGGAGAUGAUCUGGCUAAACUCCUUCUCCUGAAAUCUCCUUCAAGCGAGGUUUGGUUUGAUAGGAGAACUAAUUUUACCAGAUCUCUAGCUGUUAUGUCUAUGGUGGGCUAUGUUCUGGGUCUAGGGGAUCGACAUCCCUCGAACCUUUUAUUGGAUAGAAAUUCCGGCAAAAUUCUGCACAUCGAUUUUGGCGACUGUUUCGAGGUUGCUAUGACUAGAGAAAAGUUUCCAGAGAAAAUUCCAUUCCGCUUGACCAGGAUGUUAAUAAAUGCUAUGGAGGUUACUGGCAUAGAAGGAACCUACAGAUCUACUUGUGAAUCCACUAUGGAGGUUCUACGGAGGAACAAGGAUUCUCUAAUGGCAGUCCUUGAGGCCUUUGUUUAUGAUCCUCUUCUGAACUGGAGACUGAUAGAUAAUAAACCUAAGUCGAAGAAGUCUAAGACCCACGGCGGAGGUACUGGCGGAGAGUCUAGUCUAUCUUCCGCCUUGAGUGAGAGUGGAGAGAAUCUGAAUACUCUCCCGGAGUUCCAAAGAGAACUCAUCUCUAAGAAGAAUGAUCCACCGUCAGGAACCCAGCAUCUGUAA